AUGGCGCCUUCGACCCGCCGCCAGCUGCUGGCAUGCGCGGCCGCCGCCGCCCUCGGCGCGACUUUUCUGCUGUCCCUCACGGCCGUGGGCUUGCGCCUUACGGAGAGCUGCGGGGGAACGGCGUGGCCCCUCACCCGACCGCUCGCGCUGCUCGUGAAAGCGGCGCGCGCGUGCUUCUGCAUCCAAGCUGAAACUCUGCGCGCCGUGUUCUACAACCCUGUGGCGCUGCUUUUUUACGGGGAGUGCCUCUGUCUUCUCCACAUCUGCUUUCUGCUGGUCGUGGCGAGAGGCAACGACGAGUCGCGGCCCCGCGCGCGGGCUCCGACUAAAGCCUCUCAGCUCCUGGCCCCCAUUCUGUGCGCGCGCAGCUCGUUCCUCCGCUUCUGGCCCCCGUGCAACAUCAUUGCUUCCGCUCAGAGGAAUGGGCUGACAGUAGCAAAAGCAGACGUGUCCUUGUCCACGACCACCCACUUUCUCAUCAUCGCAGCGCUCGGAAUGCGGCUCUUGGUCGUCCGGGCAGGUCUCUGGGCGCUCAUCCCGGCUGCAAUGCUUCUCCCGGUCAUCGGAGUCCCUGUCUUCUGGCGUCUUCACAUGGCCAUUCGCGGAAACAAAGAUGAAGACAUGAAGAUUGCGUUCAGGACAGGAGAGACCGACUUCCUCAUCGCUGUCUCUGUGGGCUGGGCGUGGCACGUCUUCGCGUCCUCGCUCGUCGCCAGCGAUCCGUCCGCCUGGGCGCAGUUCCGCGCGGUGCUCUCCAUGGCGGAAGGCACCUCGGUCGGGCCUUCCGAGAUGGUCGCGCAAAUCUACUUGCUGGUUCUUACUGGGCUGACGCUUGGCUUUGCGUACUGUGCUCUGCUCGAGGUCGGGCCACUGGAAGCAUUUUGUGUGGUGGCUUGGGCGUUCGUUCUGGGACCCGCGCCGGCUGUGGCUCUUCACCUGACGAAAUUAGAGAAGAAGGGCGGAGGGCUUGAGAAAACGGAGCACGAGGUGUGA